AUGUGGGACGAAUCAAGCGUGCUCGUGAAUGCGCCUGGAGGCUCGCGCUUACUCUCGGAAUCGUCUCUGGGAUCGCCUGAAGUGUCUCAAAACGCGGAUCUAUCCCUCUCGGAGCUGUCUAUAGAUCCGACGCCCAAACCGAAAGCAGCUCGGACACGAAGGCCGCCCAAGUUUAGUCUGCUUGCCCCCAGAGACGAUACGGAAGUUUACGACGAAGAUAACGAAGAGGAUCCGGAUCCGGACGAGAACGAUGCUGAAGGAACUGGACGUGCAGGACAGGAAGAGGCGGCUGAGCAACAAGGAGCGGCGCGUCAGGUGCCGUCGCGGACGAGAGAGGAGAAGCUUCAGCACGAUCUGGUCGUUUUGCAAAAGCUGAACACGACGCUCGCCGCCUACAACGAAGUGCUCAAAGAGGCGAAGUCGCAGACCGAUAUGGUUUCAGAACAGCUGACAGUCACGAAUGCAUUGCUUGACAAGUACAUGCGACUCAUGUCUCGGUCCGAGAAGAUCACGAACAUUCUCUUAGACGAGGACUUUCAUGGCGCAGACGCAGACGAGGAAACGCUUGAACGCGAGAGGAAGGAGGAGGAGGAGAGGUUAAGAAGAGAGGAAGAGAGGCGUUUGAUAGAUGAGAGGAGAGAGAGGGAGCGGCAAGAGCUGGAGGAGAGGGAGCGUCUAGCCAAGGUGGAAGCAGAACAGGCACGAAGAGAGCGGGAAGAGAAGGCUCGGGGGAGGGGACGGGGCAGCGGUGUACGAGGGGUCAGAGGAACGAGAGCUUCGAUACGGGCCGCUGCUGCGAGGACCACCUUUACCCGUGGUGGUACGAUCUUCUCCUUCUGA